CUGUUUACUCGUGCGUUGGUUUUGGUCUUUGGUCUCGCAUCCUUUAACCAGCAAAGACGGGUCGGAAAAAGUUACAGAUCACAGAGGUGAGUGAGCUAUCUGUACUGGAAAGGGGGUCCGGUCUGGUCUCCCUCCCCAUUCGUUUACACCAACACACGCCAUUUCUCACCUCUCACUCACUUACUCACACACCCUUCCCAGCUAUACAUCUACCCCAUCAAAUCCCUACGCCCCGUGUCCCUCGACCGGGCCACCCUUCGGCGGGAGGGUCUGAAAUACGACCGGCGCUUCAUGCUGCUGAAAGCGGAGGCCGACGGCGGGUACAAGAACAUCCAGGUGUACCAGUUCCCGGAGUGCGCGCUCUUCCACCAGGCCCUCGACGAGGACGGCAACCACCACGACAACCACCCUCACGUCGUCGUCACCUACCACGUCCCCACGGAGCCCCUGAUCGUCCCGCCCCCUCCGCAGCAGUUCACCGCCUUGCGAGUCCCCCUCGCCCCGCCCGUCGACGGCCUCGAAACCGUUGACAUCAAGCUGUUCGGCACCGGCGCGGCCGCGUUCCGCAUGGGCGACCCCUACGACGCUUGGUUCUCCGCGUGCCUCGGGUACCCCGCCGUCCUCGUGUAUAUCGGCGAUAACCGGCGCCCCGUGCUGGCGCAUGCUCCUGCGCGGACCGAGUCCCGGACGCAGAUGCAGACGCAGACGCAGACGCAGUCCCAGUCCCAGUCCCAGUCUUUAAUUUCUUACCUGGCAUCCUAUGUGCCCUAUCAUGGACGACAGCAGCAGCAGCAACAGCAGCCAAAAGAAUCUAGGAGUGGUGAUGGCAACGGUGGACUCGCCUUCAACGAAGCCGCCCCGUUCCUCGUAACGUCCAAAGCCUCGCUGCGCGACGUCAGCGCGCGGCUACCCGAGGGCCAGGAGAUGGACAUGAUUAAGUUCCGGCCGAACAUCGUCGUGGACGAGGUUUGGGUGGAGGACUCUUCUUCCCCUUCCCCUUCCUCUUCCCCCUUCUCCUCUGGCCCAGAAGAAGAAGACGAAAACGACAACAGCAACAGCAACAAUAGUAAUAGUAGUAGCGCGGAUGACGGAUCGUCGUCGUCGUCGAUACCAAAAGCCUGGGACGAGGAUUUCUGGGCGGAGCUGCGGGUGAGCGGCCGUCGCAGCGGGGCGGCGGGCCUCGGGCGAGCUGGGCGCCGUGCUGAAGAAGCUGAUGCGGGACCGCCGCGUGGACGCGGGCAACCGGUGGUCGCCUAUCUUCGGGCGGUACGCCUUUCUGCUACCGUCGGAUGAAAAUAGCAGCAGCGAUCGCGGUGUUGGUAGUGAUAGUGAUGGGAAUGGUGAUGGUGGUAAGAAGAGUGACGAAAGCACAAGAGCAGGGAACUUGGAAGCUGACGUCGCCGUGGGGGACGA